AUGUCGACGCCUCAAUUCUGGUCCACGCCUCUCCGCUACCUCCGCUGGGCUUCUCACGAACGUCCCGCUAUCUUCUACUCCCUUAUUAUCGGCUCCAUGGGCCCCGUUGCCCUCGUCGGAUUGCCCCCGCUCAGACGUGCCUUGGGUGACGUUGACCCGGAGACUAUCCCCAUGUCUUAUCCCAUCCCCUCCGGUCCCCGCACAUUCCCCAAGGGUUACGAUGACGAGUAA